AUGCACAAUCAUUUAAUUAAUGAAAAAAACAACUGUCUUAUAAAUGUUAUUAAUUAUAAUGAGAAAAAUGAUCAACCUAAUAAAAAUAUGAUAAAAAAAGUAGAUUUGCUUCAUCAUAAUUCUGAUAACAUUAUUUAUGAAAAUAAAAUAAAUGUUAUUAAUAGCCCACAAUUAAGUAAGAGUUAUAAUAUAAAUGAGUUAAUUACACGAAAAGAGGAUUUUUCUAAAAAUGAAAUAAAUAAUCGAGUUGAUUUUACAAAUUAUAAAAACUACGGUUCAAAAAAUGUAUUAUCAAAAGAAAUUAAUUUUUCAAAUAAUUUUUAUAACUGUUCAAAUAAUAUUUUAUCAUCUUUAUCCAAUAAAAAUAAUGGUGAAAAUUCAUGUGGAAAAAAAUGCAUAAAUAAAAAUGAGGAUAAUAAAUCAUAUAAUAGUGAAAAUAAUAAAAUUAAAAAUAAAAUUUUAAGAAACAGAAAUUUAAUAACAAAUAGCAAAUCUGAAAUAUCUGAUUCAAAUUAUUCUUAUAAAGAGAAAAUUCCUUGGGGGAAAAGUAAUUAUGCUAUUAAUGAAAAAGUGAAGAUAAAUACCAUGUUAGAAUUUUCUAAACAAGGUAAUUCAAAUUUAUUUUACAUAGAAUCUAUAAAAGAUGAAAAUGAAAAUACAAAUUUUUCUUUAUAUAAAAAUGAAGACAAUAAAUAUAAAGAUAUUUUAAAUUCAAAUAAUUUAUACUAUAGAAGAUCUAAUGAAUUAAAUUAUUAUUCAACAAAUGACGAAUUGAAAAAUGAUAAUUUAUCAAAAAAUGAUCAAUAUACAAGUAUAAAAAUAAAAGAAUUUCAAAUCAAAAAUAAUGAACUUGAUUAUGCUACAAAAAAUAAAGAAAACACACAAUUUUGUAAAGGUAUUUCUGAGAAAAAGUUAAUGAAUUUUAAAAGAAAUACAUACGAACAAAAUAAUGAUAUAGAAACAGAAGAUAAAUAUACUUUUAAUAAAUAUUUAUUAACGGAUAGAAUUACUAAUGAGCAAUUAUAUCCAAAUAAUUCAUAUAGUAAUUCAAAUUAUUCUUACUUAAAAUAUAAGAGAGAAAAUUUAUCAGAUGAAUCAUUUGAACAUUUAAAAUCAGGAGGAAUUUAUAACUCAGUAAAAAAUAUAAGUGAUGUACAUUUUAGUGAAAGUUUUAAAAAAAACAAAAAAAGUCCAUCUUCAUUAUCUAUCAAAAAUUUAAACAAAAAUCAUUUAGAUAAAACAAAUGUUCAUUAUAAUGAGGAGAACGUAGAAGAGAAUAAUUUUAAUGAAAAAGAAUUAAAUAAUUUAGUGAAAAUAACUAAGGAGGUUUAUAGUAGUAAUAACUUUUCUUCGAAUUCAGAUACAACGGUAGAUUGUAGAAGUAUAAAUAAUAAAAUAAAAAACAUAGAUUAUCUACAUAAUUUUAAAGGAACAAGAAAUCUGAAUGAUUUAACUAAUAUAAAUAUUUUAAUUGAUAAUAAUGAUAUAGAACAUAUUAAUAAUUUAAAUAGCUCAAAUAAUUCAUGUAACUUAAAUAAUAUAGAAAAUAGUAAAAACAUAAAUGAUAUAAAUAACUUAUGUAAUUUAGAUGAUAUAGAUAAUUUAAAAAACAUAAAUGAUAUAAAUAACUUAUGUAAUUUAGAUGAUAUAGAUAAUUUAAAAAACAUAUAUAAUACGAUUAACAUCAGUAAUUUAAGUAUUUCAAAUAAUUCAAAUAAUUUAAAAAAUAAAAAUAAUACAAUUAAUACAAAUAAUUUAAAUAAUUCAAAUGAUAUAGCCAAUACACAUAAUUUAAAUAAUAUAACUAAAAAACAUGAUUCAAAUAAUAUAAAUAAAGUAACUAAUAUAGAUAACUUAAAUAAUGUAAUUAAUACAGAUAACUUAAAUAAUAUGAAUAAUAUAAACAAUAAGAUUAAUAUCAAUAAUUUAAGUACUUCAAAUAAUUCAGAUAAUUUAGAAAAUAUAAAUAGUAUAACUAAUACAGAUACUUUAAAUAGUAAUGAUGAUUCUAACAAAUUUGCUAAUAAUAACAAUGAUAUAAAUGUAAGUAAAUUAAUUAAUAAGGAAGAAAUUAAAUGUGAAAAAUAUUUUCUAAACAAUGUAAAUAAAAUUGAAAAUAAUUAUUCUUCCUACAUAACAUCAAAUGAAUACAAUGAAAAUCAAACGAAACAAAAUAAAAAAAAUAAAGAUGAAUUUAAAAUAUCGAAAAACGAACUUUAUUUAUCAAAAAUAAGACUGCAAAAUGAGAUAGAUGAAGGAGAAAGAAUUUUUUUUAAUAGCGAUUCUUCAAAUUAUGUAAACAAAUCAAAUUUCACUUAUUCCAAUAUAAAAGAAUUUAAAAAUAAAAAUAAAAUUAAAAAAAAACAUUCAUUUGAGGAAAAUUCAAACAAUUGUAUAAAUUUAAAUAAAUAUGAAAAAGGAAAAAAUAAUUAUAAUUUAAAUACAUCAAAUUUUGAAAGUAAAUGUUUACCAAGUUUCAAUAAAAAAAAAAGUGAGCUUAACAGUUGUCAAAUAGAUUCUACUAAAACUAUAGAUAAAUAUUCUAAGGAUAUUCAUAAAAAUAUCGUACAACUAGAUUAUAAAGAAUUAUAUACAGAAGAAGAAAAAAAUAAUAUAACUAAUUCUCUUAAAAGCUGCAGUUCGCAUAAAGAUAACCACAAUAAUAAGAAAUGGAAAGUGGUAGAUAAAGAAAAAAAUUCUUCUAUUUUUUGCAAUGAUUCAAAUUUAUAUGAUAAUUUAAAAAGUAAAAAUAUUAUAAAUAUUGAUAAUGUUGAUAAAAAUGAUAAUAAUAUUGUUCACAAAAAUUUAAUUGAUAUAAAAAAUAAUAUUGAUGAUAAUUUCCAUAAAUAUCCUGAUAAUGAUAAAAUAAACGAUAUAAAAAAAAAUGUUUAUAGUAACAUUAAUAUUAACUACAAUGAAAACUCUGUGGAAUGUAUUAAUAGUGGCAUUGAAGAAAUUAAUUCAAGAUCUCAUCAAACAAUAGUAUCAGAAAAAGAUGUUCAGGAAAAAUUUGAAAAUACUGUGUGCAAUGUGUCAUACAAUUUCACUCCAAUAAGCAAAACUUCUUUAUAUAGAGAAAAAAAAAAAAAAAAACCAUUAGUAUUAAAAAAUACACAGGAUCUUAUUUUAGAAGAUAAUAUAUAUUCUAAAAGUGAAAUAAAAAUUUGUAAAUGUCCUAGUAUGAAUAUUAAAUUAGAAAACACAGAUAUAAUAGAAGAAAAAAAGCAAACUUUUGAUUCAAACAAAGAUAGUAAAGAGUUAGGAGAAAAUAUGAAUAUAAAAUUAACAGGAUUAUAUUUUAAUGAACAAAAAACAAAUACUGUAAUUAUUGCUGAAGCAUUAAAAAUUAUUGAUAAAAAAGCAGAUGACAAUUGCAAAGAAAGAGUAAAACAUUUGUUUAAUAAAGAACUAGAAGAAAAAAAAAAUGAAUGUACAGAUAGUAAAGAAAUAAAAAAUGAAAAUAAUUAUAAAAACAAUGUAGGUUUAUAUAAUAAAAAUUUCAAAAUAAGCUGUCUAAAAGGCAAUAACAAAGCUACUAAAAUAAAUGCUCAUUUUAUAUCAAAACAAAAUAAUAUACCUACAUAUAUUGAACCAAUAAAAAAUGAAACAAUUAAGAAUUUAAAAAAAUUAAAUACUAAAUAUCAAAAAAGUUGCUAUGAAUACGAAAAAAUUGACAACCUUAAAAAAUUACCAAAAAUAGUUUGUGAAAAAAAAAUUAAGAAUAAGGAGAAUCAUUUUUUAUGUUUAGAAAAGAAAAAUGAAAAGGAUAUAGAAGUAAAUGAAGAAAAAGAAAAUAAAAAAAACAGUAAGUCAUCUUGUUAUAAUUCAAGUGUUCAUGAUUUUUUCAUGCAUUCUCCUUGUAAUAGUAAUAAAAUUAAUCAUUUCCAUUGUGAAGAAAUAACUGAAAAUAUAAAUCCAAAGUGCAAAAAAUAUUUAGUGACAAAAAAGGAAACUAAUUCUUUUGAUAAUAAAGCAAAUUUAACUAAAUAUUUUUCUUCCUAUUCAAAAAAUCCAGAUUUAGAUAAAUUAAAUAAUGAAAUAAAUAUAAAAAAAAAUAUUCUGUUAAAAAAAAAAAAUAUAAAACGUGAUAAGACAAAUGAUAGUAAAUAUUCUAUUAAAAAAAAUGAAAAAAAAAAGGUAAUUAAUAACAUAACAAAUGAAAAAAUAAAAGAAGUCACAAGAAAAAAGACAGAAAAGUAUCCUCUUGAUAUUGAAGCAACUUAUAAGUGUAAGAAUAUUUAUCUUAAAAUUAAUGUUGAUACAAGUAAUCAAGAAUUAAUAAAACAUGCACAACACAGGUUAUCAAAAAGAACAUUAGAAUUUAAAUUAAUCACAACAAAGUUAAUUAAUGGUUUUAUCAAGUCUACUGAAUCAAAAAUUUAUAAAUCACCAACUAUAAUAUUACAAAAUUCAGAAACAGAUAUUUUUUAUAACAUUACUCUUCAUGUAUAUAGCACUUCUAUAUCUACUAUAUGGCUAUAUGCAUCUAUUUCUUUUUUUUUGACAAAAUAUAAUAUUCAAAACUUCAAGUUAAAAACUCCUUCAUCUAUUACUUUUACAAAAAAUGGAGAUUUCUUAAAUUCUUUAUUGAAUAGGAACGAUGUAAAAAAAAAUAUUUCAAAAAAUAAAUAUGAAGCUCAAAAUAAUUUUUUGAAAAAUAUCAAUGAAAAAAAAAAUUGUAAUUCUAUUUCACCAAAGAAUUUUACAGAAAUGAAUAAAAAGUUUGAUAAUUUUAAGGAAGAAAAAGAUGAUGAUUAUCCUAAAAAUUACUAUGAUUUUUCCAAUACUGACAUAUCUAAUGAAAGUAUCCUUCAUAUGAGUAACGUAAAUAUUUGUAGUUCUUUAGGGAAUGAAAAUCAACCAAAAAAUGAAUAUAAUAAUGAAGAUUAUAAAACUAUGAAUAAAGAAAAAGAAAACUCAAAUGAAAUUUAUGAUAUAUCAUAUAAUGAUGAAUGUUUAAGUAGUUCUACAUAUGAAGAGUUAUUAUUAGAUUUUCAUGAUCUUAACAAGAGUGAAAUAAAAAAUGAAUUUCAAAAUUAUGAAUAUGAAAAAAAUCAAGAAAAGAGAGAAAAUAAAAAAUUAAAACAUUUAAACACAACUAUUCAACAAAAUUCUCCUCCAUUUAUCGAAAAAAAUUCCUCUCAAAAAUAUAAUAAGAAUAAAGACAUAAUUAAAAAUGAAAAAAAUGAAAGAAUAAAAGUGAAUGAAAAACCAAAUAAUUAUAUAAAUAAUAAAAUUAAUGGGGAAAAAAUUUGGCAUUCAAUGGAUCUAGAAAAAUUAAAUAUUGGUUAUAAAGAACCUUUUAUAUUUUCAGAGUUUUCGUUAAAACAAGAUGUAGAUGUUCAAAAUUCUAAUAAAUUAUUUAAUGAUUUGAAGAUUGAAAAAAUUAAGGAUUCUAGUUCAUUAACUUUAUCCAGUAGCUAUAUAUCUAAAGACAACUAUAAGAAUGACAUGAAAAAUGAAGAAUUAAUAAAUAAUAACAAACAUUUUGUUAUAGAAGAUCUUACUCAUAACGAUAAAAAUAAUUUUAGAAGAAAAUUAAGCAACAGUAAUGGGAAUGAUAACUUGAAUACCCCUCUUAAAAAAGACAUUGAUGAUCCUAAUAUAAAAGAAAAUAUCUGUAUAUUAAAUACGUUCAAAGAAAAAUUAGAAGGAAUAAAAAGUACGAAGAACGAUACAGCUUCUGAAAAUGAUAUGAAUAUUACCAGUGAAAAAAUAAAGAUAGAUCAUAAAGAUAAUAGUUAUAACAUUCACAAUAAUAAUAAUUAUAAAAAUUAUACAGAAAAAAAUAAUAUAGAAACUAACUUAAGUUAUGAAAAUUCAAAUUACAUAAAUUCACUGAAUGAUGGAUUAAAAACAAUACCCAGUUAUUCAAAUAAAACUUACAAAGAAAAAUAUGUAAAUGUUUUAAAUUUAAAGAGACAUGAUGAAGAAUAUACUUUUGAUAACUUACGAGAAUCAAAUGUUAUGUUAUCUAAUAAAAAUGAAAUUAUUACUAAACCUGAUUUUAAAUUAGUAAAAGACUCUUUUAUUGAUAGAAAGGAAAACGUAAGUUAUGAAAAUUCCAAUGAGAUAAAAGAAAUUAAUGAAAAAAAUAAAAUAUUGCUUGAUGAUAGUACUCAUAGAAAAGAGAAACAUGAAAUCAAUAAUGUAAAUUUAAAUAAAAUGAAUAACCAUGAAGAAAGAACUAAUAAUAUAAAAACAGAAAAAAUUCAAAUUAAAGAACCUAAUACCACAGAAAAUUUUACCUUUAAAAAAGAAGCAGAAAAUUUAAAUGAACAACAUAGAAUUCUUAAUAGUAUGUAUUUGAAUAAAAACAAUAGUAAUGAACUAAAAAAAUAUGAAAAUAAUGAAAUUAAAAUGGUAAGUUUUAACAACUUGAGUUAUUAUAAUAAUGUAGAAAAAGAUAAAAACAUAAUAUUUACACCAAAUAACGCAAAUAGCACAUUAAUUAAUAAAUUUCCUUAUUCAACAAACAUAAGUCACACUCCUCUCAUGAAAUCAAGUAAUUUUAAAGGAUAUAUGGAUUAUAACAAUGCAACGUUUAACCCAGUUGAUAAAAAAGUGAUACUUCUUAAAAAUAAAGAAAUGGAGUCUCAUUCAAAACGUUUAGGAAAUGAUGCAUUAAAAUAUAUGCAUAAGUCAGAAUUUAGUAAAUCAUGUGAAAAUAUAUACUUAGUUAAAAGAGAUAAUAAUAUUAAUAGAGCUAAUUCACCUAUAAACUUUUUAAAUAAGACAUUUAUGAAUAACAAUUGUAUAGAUAAUGAAGAUUUAAAUAAAAAACAUUUUCAUAAGAAAAGACUUAAAAUAUAUAAUUCAGAAGAUUUAUUACAUAAAACAAAUAAAAGUACAAGUUGUAUAGAUAAUAGUGGUAAAAUGCAUGAUUUUUACAAUAAUUACAAUAAAUAUUUAAAUAUGCAAAAAAAUUAUAUGAACUGUUAUCCUAACAAUAUUAAUUCUUUAAACAUAUGUGGAGAAAAUAUAGAAAGUAAUACAAAUGAAUUAGUAAAUAAUUUAACUGAAUAUAAAAAAAAUAAUAAAAAUGAUAUAUAUCAUAUAAACAAAAAUGAAACUCUUUGUGAUAACAUUAUCAAUCCAUACUUAAUAAAUCAGAAUGUGAAUAAUUACACAACAAAGAAAGCUACAGAUGAAAAUAAUACAUUUAUUAGUGUCAAUGAUUUUAAUAAAAAUUAUGAGAAUUAUGUAAAAGAAAUGGAACACAAAAAAAGUAACUAUAACUUUAAUAAAGAAUUUUUAAUUAAUUCUCAAAAAUUAGUGAAUAAUAAAAUAAAUAAUAAUGCUAAAGACAAUAUUUUAUUAAAUAAUAAAACUAAUAAUAAUGUAAUAAAUUAUAAUUUGAUUAAUAACAAUAUUCCAUUAAAUGAAGUAGUUAAUAACAUUGCAAUAAAUAACAAUAAUGGAAAUAUUGUACAUAACUUAAUGAAAAAUAAUAAAUAUCAUAAUAUAAUUGGUAAUAAUAACAUAAAUAGAAGUAAAGUUGAUUUAAUUUCUAUUAAUACUGAUAGAAAAAAAAAUAUCCAUAAUAAUAUUAAUUUACUUACACAUAUGCAAUUUAGUAAUCCUAAUUAUAACAUAAAAUCAAAUGUAAAUUCUCAUAAUUACAGAAAUGGUGUAAAUAUGCUAAAUUUUAAUAAACAAAGGGUUAAUGUUGUUUCAAAUAAUAAAUCCUCUGAUGAAAUAAAUAUAGAACCAACAUAUGUAAAUGAAAAUAAAAUAAAAUAUAUACAUAAUAUAGAUAAAAAUGAAAAUGAACUUAAUUACAAAAAUAUGUUAUUAAAGAAGAACAUUUAUAAUAUAAAUUAUGUUGAUAAUUGUGUAAUAGAAAAUUCUCCAAUAAAAAAUAUUUUAAAAAAAAAUAUUCAUAUUUUUUCAAAUGGAAUAACGAAGUAUGUGAAAGAAAAUCCUUAUAAAGUUUAUAAAACGAAUGAGCAAAAGUUAAAAAAUGCUAUCAAGAAUAAUUAUCCAUUUAAAAAUUUGAAUUUUGUUGAAAAUAUGGAAAAUAAUGUAAAUUCAAACAAUAUUACAAAUAUAAGAAGCAGAGAUAUUUACAUAAAUCAAAAAAAUAUAAAUAAUAAUUUAAGUAAUUUUAAUAUAGACGGUAAUAAUAAUUUAAAUUAUAUGAAUAAAAAUAUUAAUAAUACUAUGAAUUACUUAGAUAAUCAUUCAGAUUUCAAUUUAAAUUUCUUGAAUCAAAAUGUUAAUAACAUUAUAGAUUACCCAAAUCAACGUCCAAGUCAUUAUUUAAAUAACUUAAAUUAUCAUGUUAAUAAUAAUAUGAAUUAUUUAGAUCAACAUUCAAACAAUAAUUUAGAUUACUUGAAUAAAAACAUAAAUAAUAAUUUGAACACUACAAAUAAAAUUAAACUCUGUACAAUUAAGAAAUCUAAUUUUAAUAAGUUAAAUAGUGAAAAUUCAAAAGAUAUUAGAAAAUAUGCAUAUUCCUCUGGAAAUAUAAAGAAUGAAAAUGAUAUAAAUUUAAUCAAUAGUACGACAUUAUGUGGUGCAUCUGAAAAUAAAAAUUUAUGUAACAAGUUUAAUGAUUUGAAAGAAAAUGUAAAUUUGUCUUCACAUUGUCUUCCAAUGAAAACAUAUCAUAAAAUCAAUUUAAAUGAAACUUACUUAUCUCCCUCAAAUUUUUCUAAAAUGAAACAUAUGGGAAACAUUGAAUACAAUAAUAUCAAUUUAGAUGUAAAUAAUGAUUAUAAAAAUAAUUUAAAAAAAAACUGUAGAACAAAUAAUUACAUAAAUGACAAUAUACAAAAUAGUAUAAAUAAUAGCAAAACAGAAUUAGAUGACAAUCAUCACAAUAAUUUAAAAAAUAUAGAACAAACAAAAAUCUAUGAAAGAAUAUUAAAUGAAAAGGAAGAUUCUAAAAGUAUGUGGAAUGAUAGCAUAUCAGAUCCAUAUAAUAAAUAUUCAUACAUAGAUGAUAUCAUAAAUAACGAAAACUCAAUUAGUAAAAAUAGAAAAUUUUCUCCUUUUUUUGGAAAACCAAAUAAUUUAAAUAUUCAAAAAAAUAAAAAUUUUGAAAAUUUAUCACAAAAUAUAUUUUCAAAUUUAAAAGUGUUCCAAUUAAAUAUUCAACUAGAUGAAUCUACUUGGAAGCAUAUUACAUUUUCUUAUGAAGAUUUAUUAGAUGAAAAAGUUAUGAAAUUUAUUAAAGAUAAUAAACUAAAACAAAUAUUUUUACAUCCUAUUAAAGAAAAAAUGGAAUAUAUGUUACAAAAUGAUAUAAUAAAAAGGAAUAUUAAUAUUACAGAAUUCUUAUAA